AUGACUCUCCGAGGGGACGCAGGAUGUGGCCACCCUCCACCCACUGAUGUCGGAUCUCCGCUGCCCUUGGGAAGCCCCUUACCUGCCCUUCCCCCUGACCCCGGCAAGGGGGUGCAGCUGCCGCCCACUUCCUCCAAAGGCUGGACCACCGCUCUGCCCGUCCAGUCCCGGGUUCAAGGCUCAGCCUGGGAAUUGGCUGGAAGCAGAGGCUGGACCAAAUGCAAUGGAGUAGACCGGAGGUGCCUACAAGACGGAGAGAGGUUCUACUGCUCCGUGGUGGCACCCUCUCAACCUUUUGACCACGUCCUGCAGAUACUCCUGAAAAUCAUGGUGAUUUCCCCCAUGAUCCGAGUCCGAAAAUCUCAGGAACUCACCCUCCUAUCUCGGGAGAGACCCUCUGAAGUCCGAGGAAACCUUUUGAAGGAAGCGAAAGUCCAGAAGACUUGGAGCGAUGCCAUCUUGGAGCCACUGUUGUGCAAUCAUUGGACUCUGUUCCCAUUGCCAGCAGUUAAAAGGACGGAGAGAUCGAGCAGAGAAGGAGAGCAGCAGAUCCACCCUCCGCUGGGGAUUCCUGAUUCCUGCAACCAGGUCAGUAAAAGAGUCAGCGACACGCAGGAACCGAGCAUGGCCCAGACAGAGGAUGCCAUUGAGACCUCAGCAUUGGGUCGCCCUUUCCAGCUGGGGAUGCUUUACGACUGUCGUAAGGAUGCCCUCAUCCCAGGGGUCACCCUUUGGGAUUACAGCUCUCUUCAGAAGGACCUGACCAUCAAGCCUCAGCCCAAGACAGAAUCUGAAAUCAUUGCAUCCGAUAGCAUAGAUGAUAAGAGCUCCGCCCUGGACAUCUCAGCCUCCCUCAAGGCCAGUUUCCUCGGAGGGCUGGUUGAAGUGGGAGGGUCGGCCAAGUAUCUGCAUGACAAAAAGAAGUCCAAACAACAGGCCAGAGUCACUGUACAGUACAAAACCACCACCAAGUAUGAACAGCUGACAAUGAGCCACCUAGGAAUCCAGAAUAUCUCUUACCCAGCUGUCUUUGAUCAUGGCACAGCCACCCAUGUGGUCACCGCCAUCCUCUAUGGAGCCCAGGCCUUUUUUGUCUUUGACCGAGAAGUUUCUUCAACAGAGAUGGUGAAAGAUAUUCAAGGAAGUCUCCAGCUUACAGUCAAGAACUUGAUAUCCAUCACGGGAGAAGCAGAGGUCAAACUGACUGAGAAGGAGAAAGAGAAUGCUCUGAAGUUUAGUUGCAAGUUCCAUGGAGACUUUUCUUUGGAGAAAAAUCCAGUGACUUUCCAAGAUGCCAUGAAAGUUUAUGAAACUCUCCCAAAAUUGUUAGGGGAACAUGGGGAGAAGGCUGUGCCUAUGAGGGUCUGGCUGUACCCCCUGACCAAGUUGGACACCAGAGCAGCUAAGAUGGUCCGAGAAAUCAGCCUAACAUUGAUCUUUGAUGCCGAAAAGAUCUUGGAGGAACUCAAUGAAAACAAGAUGCAAAGCAACGAUCUAGCCAAGAAUCCCAUUGCUGAAACCUUCCCUGAGAUCCAGAGGAAGAUCCAGCAGUUCAAGGAUCUGUGCAAGCAACACAGGCAGACUUUCCAGAAACAGCUGGCCAGAAUGUUGCCUUCCAUCCGGGGAGGAGGGCAGGAGGAAGGGACUCUGGUGGACAUCUUGAUGUCCAUCAACCAGUCGCCUUUCAACAGCCAAAGACUCCGCGAAUUUCUGGACAGCAAAAAAAGAGAAAUGAACUUUGUCAAAUCUUAUCUGACUAUUCUAAGUGAAAUACAAGUUAUCUCAUCUCAGAACAAACUGGAAGAAAUAGUUCUGGACCCCCAGAAUGUACAUGUGGUCUCCUUUACAUUCACUUCUUUACAUGAAGAGGAGACAUUUCUGUUGAGCUUACAAAAGUGGCUUCAGGAGCAAUUCUUGCAAGAAUCAGCUAAGUCCACAAGGAGGCAGGAGGAAGACAUGCCCUGGUUUGAGGACAAGGAGAGGACCCGCAAUGCUCGCCAAGCUGCCAAAUCCAUCAGAGACUUUUUCAGUAUCAACCAAUCUAAUGAGAAGGUCCGCUUUGUCGUGGCCUCACUUCCAAAAGUGGCCACACCAGGAGCCUCAAUAUACCUUUAUGAAGAUGGAGAGCUGGUCAGCAAGAACUUUGAGUUGCCCUCAAAACCACUCCAAUUCCUGAUCAGUGAACUGAGACACGACAGCAUUCAACUGAAGUUUCAGCCAGCUGAAUAUGGAAAGGCUACAAUCUCCAGUUAUCUGGUAGAGUACAAGAUUGCAGGAGAAGAAAACUGGAAGACCAUGAAGACAGAGGACACCAGGGAGAUGUUCCUGCUGAAAGAUCUGCCUCCAAACACAGAGUACCAGUUCCAGUACACUGCCUGUUGCAAGGUAGGCCUUAGUAAAACCAGUGACCUGAGCCCACCCAUAAAGACCCUUCCCACCAGCCCUCCUGAGGAAUUAAGAAUGGUCACUGCGGCAUCCUCUGUCAUAUCUGUGGCCUGGAUGAGUCCCAGCAUCGUUGCCUCCGGAGUUGUGAUCAAGGAGUACAAGGUGGAGUACAGAAUGGUGGAGGCUGGAGCUGGUAAGGACCAAUGGACUGAAAAAAGGACUGGGAGAAAAACAGAAUUUUAUCCCAUUGAAGAUCUGAAGCCCCAAAUGAUGUAUAGAAUACGGGUGUCAGCUGUGUGUGAUAAUGGAGCUCUCAGUGGCCCCAGUGUGGAGUUGGAGGUCUCCACAUUACUGGAGGAGGAAGAUGGAGGAAACAUAGCCCACCAGUUCCUUCAGGAAAGCUCCCUGGUGGAGGACAAACAGCCAUUAGUGUUCACCCUUCCUUUGAAGGAAGUCCCCUCAGAUGCCUCCACACCAUGUCUCAUGUACCAGCUUGGAAAGGAGAACCUGGAAGUGCCCAACAAAGUGAUCUUGGUGAUGGGAGCAACAGGGUGUGGAAAAACCACUCUGAUCAACGGGAUGAUCAAUUAUAUCCUGGGUGUCCAGUGGGAAGAUAACUUCAGAUUCAAACUCAUUCAUGAAACCACCCAGAGAAGCGAAGCUGGAAGCAGGAUGUCUGAAGUCACAGCCUACAUGGUGAACCAUCAGAAGGGCUUCCGAAUUCCCUAUUCUCUCACAAUCAUUGACACGCCAGGAUUUGGAGGCAGAAGAGAUGCAGAGCAAGACAAAUUGUUGGAGAAGCAGCUCCUGGAGUUUUUCUCCACCCCAGGGGGCAUUGACCACAUGGAUGCCAUCUGCUUGGUGGCUGAGGCCUUCUUUGCCCAUUCAAAUUCAACCCACACCCAGAAAUGCAUCUUUGAUUCCAUGCUCUCCAUGUUGGGAAAAGACAUGAAGGAUAACAUCCAACUCCUGAUCACCUUUGCGGAUGGGGGGACCCCACCUGUCCUGGAGGCCCUCAAGGAAGCUGAUCUGCCAUGUGCUCAGGAUGAGUCGGGAACCCCUCUGCACUUCAGAUUCAACCAUUCUGCCCUCUUUGCUCCCCGAGAAAAUGGAGGAAGCCCUAAUAUUGUUGCCAAAAUGUUCUGGAAAAUGAGCACCAAGAGCAUGAAGGAUUUCUUUGACUCGUUAAAGAUGCUGGAAGCUAAAGACUUAACCUUGACCAUGAAGGUCCUCAAGGAACGUCAGUCAUUGGACACCGCUCUGGAAGGGCUCCAGACCAAACUCCGAGCCAGUCUGAUGGAGCUGGAGGAACUGAAAGAGAUCCAGGUAGCUUUGCAGCAAUGCACAAUCAAUGUACUAGCCAGUCGAAACUUUGAGUAUAAAGUUGGAAAGUGCGCGAAAGAACAUGUACAGGGCCCCGUAAUGUACUGUCCGUCGUGUUCCACAGUUUGCCAUUACAAUUGUCACAAUGAUGGGAGAUUUGAGCGAUGUGACGCUAUGAACAACGAAGCAAAGUGUCUCAUUUGUCCGGGGCGCUGUUGUUCGUCGAGCCAUGCGUGGAAGUCUCACUACGAGAAAACUAAAAUCAUCUAUGAGAGAAAGUUCCACACAGAGCUGAAGAGGCAGUAUGAAGAGGCCAAGGCCAAGAAGAAUACUCUGGAAGAAAAAAUCAAAAGCCUUGACGAGAAGUUUGAUGAGAUCAGACUCGGCAUAAAGACCUCCCUGGAUCAAUCCUGUCAGUGUCUGGAGAAUCUGCGGGAAAUCGCACUGAAACCCGUCGCACUCUCCAUGCCAGAAGACGAGGACUUGCGUAUCCUGACAGGAAAACAGGAGCUGAAGACGAUGCAAUCCGUGAUGGACAUGAGGAGACUGGUUGAGAGUCUCCAGAAGUUGCCCUCAGGCAUAUAGAUUCAAGAGAGGACAGGAAGACAUCUCUGUCUAUUAGGCAGGUGGACAUCUGAGAACCUUUCCUCUUUAGAAGAUAUCUAUCAAAGGCAUCAUGGCCAGCUCUAACAAAACCAGCCAGAUCCUGCUCAACCCCUUCUCUUUCCCGUGUCCUGCUUGCGUUUCACUAUCGUGUCACCUCAGUAGUGAAAUCCAUUUUUUUUACUACCAGUUCUGUGGAUGUGGCGUGGUGGACGUAGCAGGGGAAGGAUACUGCAAAAUCUCCAUUCCCUCCCCACUCUGGGGCCAGCCAGAGGUGGCAUUUGCCGUUCUCCAAACUGCUCAAAAUUUCCGCUACCGGUUCUCCAGAACCUGUCAGAACCUGCUGGAUUUCACCCGUGUCACCUCCAAUAGAUCAAUGUACUUCAAACCAGAGACAAGGAGGGUGGGAGUGGGGUCAAAUCUUGUUGAACACGUCUGUAUUUUUCUCGUUUUCUGAAACUCUUAGGACUCCUUUCAACCAGCUAGAUUUCAUCAGUGAGGUGGUGCGUGGUUGAUGUCCCACAGCAGUCUCCUCAAUAUCAUCUCAUGCCACGUUCUGCAACAACAUCAGAUGCCAUCUAGAUCGGGGUGGGUUCUAAAAAUUUUUACUACUGGUUCUCUGGGCGUGGCUUGUGGGUGGUAAUGUGACUGGGUGGGCGUGGCCAACUUUUUUUUUUUACUUUUAAAAGCAUUUUUUCUGCAACCUUAAGAGGUUGCAGAAAAAAAUUCUUUUAGAAGCUUCUGACGAUCAGGCAAGUCAGCUGGGAUCACCAGAGGCUUUUAAAGGGAUGUUUUUUUCCCUACAACCUCUUUGGCCGAAGAGGUUGCAGGAAAAAAUGCUUUUAGAAGCUACUGAGAUCCCAGCUGAGCCGUGCAAUAAUUAGAGGCUUUUUUUUUAACUUUUAAAAGCAUUUUUUUUUUCAGCCAAAGAGGUUAAGCGGGUAACAGGGGUAAGCAAGCGGCAACUGGGCCGGGGACCAGUUCGGGGGCAUGGCCAGACAAUAUUAUUACCGGUUCUCCAAACUUCUAAAAAUUUUUACUACCGGUUCUUGCGAACCGGUGUGAACAGGGAGCAACCCACCACUGAUCUAGAUACCAUCUCAUGCCACACUCAGCAACGUCAACAGGUGCCCAUCCAGUUCUGGACCCAUCUAAGCUCAUGUCCACCUGGAGGGUCUAUCAAUUGUGGGAAAGAAAAAUAUAGGCUAUUGAUCUAUCGGAUUCAAUAAGGCCUUUGGAUGAUCGCAGAUGAUAGCAGAAAAAAG